AAACUCCACCGCCGGUGCUCAACGCAAGAUUGUCGCCGAUUUUAACCUCUACAAGGAGUCUGCCGCAGCUGUCAAUUGGAAAGUUCACCAGAUCCUCCACCGCCUUCCUUCUCCACCCACACUUCACCGACCGAAUUGCAACCAUCAAAGCAGCAACGUAGAUAUCAUUAACGACAAAUUUCUUGUUUCCUGCUCUGUCAAUGACUCAAUGGCGACGGUGCGGCGGUUCUUCAAUACUCUGAAGAGUCGAAACCUUUAAAAGACCGCCCUAGGAUGUUUUUCCUUCCGCUCUCCGUGGCCGUCGCUUUUUGUUCCUUUACAAAAUCCUAAUCUGGCUGCGUGGAGAAGGAGGUGGCAACGAUGCGGCAAACAAGAUGAAGUAGAAUCAUUACCAAUAGUACGCAGGUAAAAUUGUAAACCGGGGUCCAUUACAUGGUACUCCCUCGGUCUCAAAAUUAUUGUCCAGUUUGAGUUUUUUCGAGCAGACUCUUACUUUUUAAAAUUUUCAGUUGAUAGUUUUGCUUGUGAAAAAUCUAUAAAUAUUUCGUGUUGGCUCCCAGCAGAAUAAUUGAUUGGUAAGCGGCUGAUACAAUAUGGGUGAUCAAUCCAUUGUCGUUUGUCUAUUGGUUUGGGAAGCACAUUGCAACUUAAACAACAAACAAAUAGAGGGUGUUCUUCUAUCCAAUCGGCUACACCUUGUCCCGCCAACACAAAAAGGAGAACGCAGGGAGAUUGAGAGAGCGAUUUUAUUUAUUUUUUUUUGUCCCUGGUCGAAGCCACAACACUCCCUGCUCCAUAGUUUACUACGGGUCCCUGAAGACACCGUCAAGAUAUGUUUUUGACUGAUCUGCCACGGGAAAUUAUUGUCAAUGCCUUCAUAGAACUUCUAUGGGAACUUCUAUAAAAAUGAAGCAGGAUAAUAUUUGUUUAUACAUUAUGCAUUCUACAUUUUUUGCUUAAAGAUGCUGCAAUGUUCUACUUUGUCGUUAGCAUAUAAAAUAAAUGGUCUGCAUCUGCUUCUUUUGAUUUCGUUUCUUUUUCUAUUUCGAUUAUUGUUGAUUUAUGAUUAUUCAGACUUAAAAAAUUUGCUUUCUCCUUACCGGUUGUUUUGUGAUGUAGUUCUAGGCUUUUAGGGUGCAUUCAAAAGGAUGGUUUGAUUUCAGAAGGUUUUAUGAUUCUGGAUCUUAAUGAGGAGAGAAAGUUUAAAUCACAUAACGCUUUUCAUAGUCUCCUCAGCGCAUCUUUCGAUCAGGUUUGAAUGUUUUUUCUGUUUUUGUUUGUGUUUUUUGAAGUUGCAAUCAUUGGAUUUGAUAAGAAAAAAUUAUGGCAAAUUGCUUUAAUACGGUCCAAGUGUUCUUAUCUAUUUAAUUCUUUUAAUUUUAGUUCUUUAAAAUUAUGGCAACUGCUCUCUGUUUUUUAGUUCCGCUAAAUUCUUUAAUUGAGUUGAUUGAUUAUUGUAAAUAUUGCACAAGGUCUUCAUUUUGUGAAUAUUUGGAUGGCAUAUCUAUGGUUUUGAUAGAUUAGGAUAGAUGAGCUAUACAAGCUUUUUCCUAGAGUUUGAGACCUCUUUGGUUUUGUUUAUUAGAUGCUAAGUACUCUCACCGUUUUUCUUUUAGAUUUCUAUUCAUUGUGGAUGCUAAAUAUAAUCUUCAUGUGUUCUGUUUUGAGCUUACUUAGGGAUGUCCUUUGAUGGUGUAAAAACAAAGUUUUCUCAUGUUUUACCGGGUGCUAGGCAGUUUGGUUAUAUUACAAGUUUCAAAAUUUACUUGACUUUGAAGCAGCCUUGAUUCAGUUGUGAUAGGGGUAUACUCUAUUGUGUAAUUUUAAAGUGAGCCCCACUAACACGUAAUUUUCAUUGCUUUGACAAGAUGAAUGGGAAGUAUCUUCUUUGUGAUUGUCCUUCAAUGUCUUGUUUGGCGCUACUUGAGAAAAUAACAGUUCAAAGAUAACAUCACAUCAAACGAGUGAAAUUUCCGUGCAGAUAGUUCUUUUUGGAUUUCCUUCAAGUCAUUGGCUUUAUUUCUUAGGCUUUGUUGCUAUCUUUCUGUUCAUGUUAUAGAGUUUGCAGAAUCUAUCAAACUAGAUGGCUGUGAGGUUACAUGCUCGGGACUGAAAGCUAUUGGAAACCGGUGCGUGUCGCAUUGUCAAUUUUGAAUCAUAGUGAUUACUGUUUGGUGACUUUCACCUAAAUCAAAGCACCUUGUUAGCUGUCGAAAUCACCUCUUUUCCAGCGUUCAGAUGGAACCGAACCCUUCCAUGUGGUUGCGUGGACAAACUCUUGGAAACCCAUUGGGAUUUGAUGAGGGUGCAGCUCUGCUCAGGUACAUCAUUUGUAAAACACAAAGUCAGAACAGAGGGUAUUCUAGCAAUCCUCGACAUGCAGCCAUUACUAUAUGCGCUGGUAAGUCGAAAAUGUUUCAAAGACUACUGUUAAUCAUGUUAAACAAUGUUCGACACUGCUGUGGAGCCAGUUUAUAUUUGUUGGGAUUGCUUUUGUUUUGGAGCAUUAGGAUACAAAUUAAGUACUUAAGAGUUUGGAAAUUGAAAGAAUGAGUUAUACAAAAGGAGUACUUCAUCCCUGCAGUUGAAGUCGAAAAGGUUAUAAAUUUUUUCUAUUCUCUCAUCCAUUAGUCGUGAACCGUUGAGAAGGCAUUGAUUUUCCAGAGCAUAUGCUGAUCAGAACUUCCUUCACGUUCUGGAGCUUUACUGUUUUCUAUGCGAACUUGCUGGUGAUUGUAGAUUUCAUGGGUACAAACCUAAGAGAUUUGGUGCCGAGACUUGUGUGCACGUGGAGGGUGAGCUUUGCCUUCUAUUGGAUUUGAAGAAGCAUCUAUCUGUUCGUCCCUGAAUCUAAUUUUAGAAUCUCUGUGUUUCUUUUCAUAUACUGUUGUUUUUUUCGCUUUUAUGGGCUGAUUUUAAUAGUUAGGAAUUAAGAAACACCACAAGUAUCAAGCUUUCCUUUGAUUUGCUUAUUGUUGAACAUUGAGAGCUUUAUUGUCAGGGCAAACUCUCUCAAGAUUUGUCUCUAUUCCCGAUCUUCCUCUGAUUUUCUACUACAUAAGAAGCUGCCACGAUGAAUUUGUGAUGCUUCCGUUACGAGAGUUUAAAGGCAGAUCCAUACAAAACUUUGGUAGGCUAUAAAGGUGGAAGCAAUUUUACUUGAAGAAAACAGGUUGCAAUAAUUAUUAUUGUUGUUUGUUUUGCUUCUUCCAUUUUUAAUAAAAAAGAAAGAAUGGAUGAUGAUAACUUUGGAAACUGAUAUAAAUUUUUGCCAAC